AUGACGGCGGAAAGCGGUGCGGGUCCUCCUCCUCCGCCGCCGCCCGCGCGCCGUCGCCGCCAGCAGGGCGUUUUGGAGCUUCUCCAGUGCGCGCUAUUCGCGCCGAAAGGCCGUCCGCCGCCGCGCGGCGCGCCGAGCGGAUCAACGUCCGCUCCGCUAGUUUCCCGCGAGGCAGAGCUCGGCCCAGCCGGCGCCGGCGCGGAGCCGAUCUCCACGGCGGCGGGCGCAUCUUCAACCUCCCCCGACGCGGAAGCCGCCUCGACUGAUGGGAGCGGCGGAGAAGGCGGAAGCCGCCGCAGUGGCGACGUUGCGCCUGUGGCGGCGGAGGUCCUUCUCGCGGUGGGCGGAAUGGCUUGCGCCGCGUGCGCCGCUUCCAUCGAGAAGGCGCUUCUGCGCCUCGAAGGCGUGUCGAACGCGACGGUCUCCGUUAUUAGCGAGCGCGCUAAAGUCACCUUCGACAGCGCGUUGACGAAUGAGGACGACGUAGCGAGCGCCGUCGAGGACGCGGGAUUUGACGUCAGCAUCAUCUCCUGCACCAUGCUCGCCGUGUCCGGCGGCGGCGGCGGCGAAGGAGAUGCGGGAGACGCCAGCAACGCCACCGCGGGCGAUGCGCACGCGGCAGCGGCGGCGGCGGCGGGAGGGCUACCCAAGUCGAUGGGCGGAGCGCGCGCGAUUCGCUUCCGCGUGCCGGCGUCGUCCGCGGAUCCAGAAGAACGAGCAGCAGCAGCAGCAGUAGCAGCAACGGCGGGGAUCGCCGCCAUCAGCGGAGGAGAUUCGAUGGAGGAAACGCCGUUGGUGGUGGAUCAAGCGACGCUGCUGGAGCGAGCGCUACAAGCGACCCCUGGUGUUCUGGCCGCGUCAGUGACUUGGAGUCGCGUGCCCGGCGGCGGUGGCGGUGGCGGCGGCGGCGGUGGCGACGGUGACUUGGAAGCGCACGUUGUGUACUCCGUCUCCCCUUCCCCCGCGCCCGCUUCCCCCGCUUCCGCCGCCGCCACUUCCGCUCCCCCCGCGCCUCUCUCCCCAGCGGCGCUCCUCGCGGUUAUCCACAAGGCGGGCUUCCCUUCCGCGAACCUUCUCUUCGAUUCCCCCUCGAGUUCCGCCAAUUCCGCCGGUUCCGCGGGUUCGCAGCACCAGCAGGUGCGCUUCCAACUUAAGGGGCUCGCGUCGGCCAUAGCAGCCGGCACGUCCCAGUCCGGAACCGAAGCUACUAAACUCUCCGCGUCUGUCAAGGGCACUAGCAGCAGCGCUCCUUCCGCUUCUGUCAAAAGGACAGGCAGCUCUCUUUCCGCUUCUGGUAGGAGGAGAAAGGCUCCCUCCGCUCCGCCCUCCUCCCCCGCCGCCCUCUCCGCCUCCCCCUCCCCCUUCCUCUCCGCCGCCCCGUUCUCGCCCGCGCUCGCCGCCCUCCCGCUCCCCACCUUCAUCGAAGCUUCCCUCUGCCUCCUCCCGGGCGUUUCCGCGGCAGCAGUCAACACCCCCAGCCAGCACGUCACCGUCUCUUUCAACCCCGAUAUAAGCGGACCCAGGACUCUCCUAGAGGCUCUACAAUCGGGGCUGGUCGAAACGAGACGGCUGGAGCAGGUAGACUUGGCGGAUAGGGAAGGGGGAGGCGUGGGGGGGAGCGCGGGGUCGAGGCAGCGAAGGAAGGAGAUAAGGAAGCUUCGGCAGCAGUUUAUUUGGAGCUUGGUGUUUUCCGUGCCUGUGUUUCUGCUGGCCAUGGUGCUGGAUCGAAUCCCGCCCUUUGACGAGUGGCUCAUGUAUCGAAUCGUAAACUGCCUGACAGUGGGAGUGCUGGCCCGCUGCAUCCUCACCAUCCCAGUGCACUUGACAGUGGGAGUGCUGGCGCGCUGCAUCCUCACCAUCCCUGUCCAGUUCAUCAUCGGGUGGCGCUUCCACACGGGCGCCUUUCUCGCGCUCAAGCGCCUCCGCCCACUUUACUCCUUCCAACCCCUUCCAACUCCGUCCAAGCCAACUCCCUCUUUCCCCCCUCUUCCCCACCGCCAACCCCCCCUCUCGCAGCCUGACAGUGGGAGUGCUGGCGCGCUGCAUCCUCACCAUCCCCGUCCAGUUCAUCAUCGGCUGGCGCUUCCACACGGGCGCCUUCAAUUCCCCUUCCCUUUUCAACCCCUCUUUACGCCUUCCAACUCCUUUCAAAUCCCUCUCCUCCCCUCUCGCAGCCUGACAGUGGGAGUGCUGGCGCGCUGCAUCCUCACCAUCCCCGUCCAGUUCAUCAUCGGCUGGCGCUUCCACACGGGCGCCUUUCACGCACUCAAGCGCCGCUCUGCCAACAUGGACGUGCUUGUGUCCCUUGGCACCAACGCUGCCUUCUUCUACUCUUUCUUUAUUCUCAUCGCCUCGGCUGUCACCCCGCCUACGGAACUAGCUCCCCCCUCUGCUUCUCCUCCUGCUGCUCCUCCUGCUCUUCCUCCUCCAAAUUCUGCUGGUGCUCCCGGCACGGGAACCAACGCAUCGAGUCCUGCGAGUAAGAUUGAUUUGUCUGCUCUGGCUGGGUUUCAGGGCAUGCCUGGUGCUGCUGGUAAUGCUGGCGGCAGCAGCACAGCAUAUGGGACCAGAGCUGGCGGAGACUUUGCAGGGGAGGUGGGUACAUGGGAGUGGAUUGGGCGCAUCAACAGCAGGAGCCAGGGCCUCUCUGGUACCAGUUCUUCCAGUGCUGCUGCUGCGGAAGCGAGUUUUGAGACGUCUCAAAAGUGGAUCACGCAUGUGAGCAGCAGGAGCCGGGGCCUUCCUGAAAGCGUGGACGGCAGGAGCGAGGGCCUCUCUGUUACUGGUUCCUCCAGUGCUGCUUUUCCUGAGUCGUCAUCGACGAGUGCGCUGCUGAUCUCGUUCAUCAUGUUGGGAAAGUACCUGGAAGCUGUGGCGAGAGGCAAGACGAGCGAUGCCAUAGGGAAGCUGCUGAAGCUGGCUCCUGAUACUGCCACGCUGCUAGAGGUGGAGUAUGGGGGAGAGGAGGGGGGAGAGGAGGGAGAAGGAGGAGAAGAGGGAGGGACGGGAAUGGAGAUUGGGGUCGGCUUCAGCUUCAAGUCUGACGUGGCGUCUGUUGAUUCGUGCUUGGAGAAAGAGGUUAUGAUGACGUUGAUGGCAGGCGAUCGUGGGGGGGUGAGUGGGGAGGAGGAGGGGGGGAAAGAGACGGGAGAGGAGGCGAGGGGAUUGAUAGCUGGGGAGGAGAAGAGGGGGUAUGAGUUGGGUAAGCAGGACGGGAAUGCGGCAAAAGAGGAGAAAGAGGGAACGGAAGGGAAGGAGGGGAAGGAGGGGAAGGGCGGAGAGAUGAGGGUGGUGGGGGAGAGGGAGAUUGAGGCGGCGUUGAUUCAGCGGGGGGACAUCAUUCGAGUGGUGCCUGGAGCCAAGAUCCCCACGGACGGGGUUGUGGUGUGGGGGCACACCUACGUGAACGAGAGCAUGAUAACGGGAGAGUCCCGCCCCGUGCUGAAGCAACUCGCCUCCCCUGUGAUAGGCGGCGCGCUCAACCUCGCAGGGAGCAUCCACGUGCAGGCCACCAGGAGCAUGAUAACGGGAGAGUCCCGCCCCGUGCUGAAGCAACUCGACUCCCCUGUGAUAGGCGGCGCGCUCAACCUCGCAGGGAGCAUCCACGUGCAGGCCACCAGGGUGGGCGGGGACACGGCCCUAGCGCAGAUAGUGCAGCUGGUGGAGGCGGCUCAGAUGGCCAAGGCGCCCAUUCAACGCGUGGCUGAUCAGAUAUCAGCGAUAUUCGUGCCCAUGGUGAGUGACUGUGAGGGGGAAGGCUGGGAAAGCUGGGAAAGGCGCUGCCACAGGGAGGCAGAUCGUGCAGCUGGUGGAAGCGGCUCGGCUCAGAUGGCCAAGGCGCCCAUUCGGAGGGUCGCUGACAGCAUAUCGGCGAUAUUUUGUUCCCACGCCCCCCUUCUCACCCUCUCUCACCCCUUUCCUCUCCUCCCCCCCUUCCACCUCCCCACCCCCUCCCCCAACCAGGUGGUGAUAAUCGCACUAGUCACCUUCACCAUCUGGCUGAUUAUAGGGUACACCGGAGCGUUACCCUCGUCGUGGUUACCUCAGGGGAUGACCUAUUUCGAGCUGGCCCUCCAGUUCGGCAUAUCCGUACUCGUUAUAGCGUGCCCCUGUGCGCUGGGACUCGCUACACCCACUGCUGUGAUGGUGGCGACAGGAAUCGGCGCGCGGCAGGGCAUUCUCAUAAAAGGGGCUGAUGCUUUGGAGAGGGCACACGAGAUCGAGACAGUGGUGUUUGACAAGACAGGCACUCUCACUCAAGGCAGGCCCAGCGUCACUUCCUGCACUCUCUUCUCCUCCCGGGUCUCGCAGUCAGAGCUGCUCGCUAUCCUGGCUGCUGCUGAGGUUAGCAGCGAGCAUCCUUUAGCCAAGGCAAUAGUUAGCAGCGAGCAUCCUUUAGCCAAGGCAAUAGUGGACUAUUGCCUCUCCUCCCCGCACAUGCCCAGGACCUUCCCCAACCUCUCCCACAUUCCCUUCCCCUCCUCCUCCCCACCCUCUUCCUCGCCACCUUCCUCCUCUCCCGAAUCUCUUCGUGCUCUCCCCUUCUCCUUCCCCCUCCCCUCCUCCACCUCACCUCUCCCCCACUCCCCAGCUCUUCUCCCGUCUCCCUCACCCCUCCACCGCUACUCUCCCUCCCCAUUGUCCUCCCUCCAUCCUUCCCCCCAUCAUUCCACAUCCCCCCCAUCCUCUAACUCAUCUCUUCACUCCACGCCCAAUCACCCUACCACCGCCACCACCGGCGACAUUUCUUCCCAAGACACCUCUCCUUCCAAGAAGCUUCUGCACACUCUCCCUCCUGCCGAGAGCUUCGAGGCAAUAGCGGGGCACGGCGUGGUGUGCCGAAUCAACGGGCGCCACGUGGCAGUGGGGAAUCUGAAGCUCAUGCGGACCAGGACCAUUGUCAUGUGCAAUGCACCGGCGCCGAUCGCAGAAGGGGAGAACAGAUCACAGGAGGAGAUUACAGGCACUGUCACUGAUGCUGCUGAUGCCACCGCUACUGCCAACAGCAGCACCGUCAACAGCAGCAGCAGCAGCAGCAACGCCACCACAGACCCCUCCCUCCCUCCUCUCCCUCGCGGCGUCCUCGAAUGGCUGGCAGAAACCGAAGCAGGCGCCGAAACCGACGUGCUCAUAGCCCUCGACGGCCACGUGAUAGGCGGCGUGUCUGUCUCCGACCCAGUCAAGCCGGAAGCAGCAGCCGUGGUGGGGAUCCUUCAGUCCAUGGGCAUGCGCACGGUCAUGGUUACAGGAGACAACUGGGGAUCCGGCAGGGCUGUGGGGCGAGCGGUGGGGAUAGAGGGAGACGAUGUGGUUGCAGAGGCUUUACCCGCGGAUAAAGCCGCGUUUGUGAGGAAGGUGCAGGGGGAGGGGAAGCAGGUGGCAAUGGUGGGAGACGGGGUGAAUGAUUCGCCUGCGCUGGUAGCUGCUGAUGUCGGGAUUGCGAUUGGUGCGGGGACGGAUAUUGCUAUAGAGGCGGCGGAUAUUGUCCUCAUGCGCUCGUGUCUCGAAGACGUCGCGACAGCCAUUGAUCUCGCGCGGACCGCGCUUCGACGGAUCAGAUUGAACUACGUCUGGGCGUUCGGGUAUAACAUCACGGGUAUCCCCAUCGCGGCGGGGGUACUCUUCCCAACCGCCCUCCGGUUCCGCCUCCCCCCGUGGGUGGCUGGGGCUGCAAUGGCUCUAUCCUCAGUGAGUGUGGUGUGCUCGUCUCUGCUGCUACGACUCUACAGGAGGCCCAGGAAGCUGGACCUGAUCAAGCUGGAGGUGCAGCAGUAG